UCGGAACUUCAGGAAAGUUGCAAUCUUGGAGCCAAGUCAACGUUUUAGCAGUUUGUAGUGAGAUUUCACUGAAAUAACACACUUCUGCGGAAUUCUAUCAAAAUGGCAGAUUCCCCGGACUACCAGACGGAAUUGCAGAACGAAAGGAAUAGUUUAGGACCCUCAUUUACCCACACAUCCCGCCUUGUAGAAGAGGAAAUACAGAGAAUUCAAAAUGGUGGUAAAACUGCCCCGCAAGAGGCCAGUAAACCCCUCACUGACGUUUCAACUGACAAACCCAUUAAAGUAUCUGAAAAAGUCACGAUCCCUAUCAAACAGUUUCCCAAGUUCAAUUUUGUAGGCAAGUUACUUGGGCCGAAGGGGCACACCCUGAAACGCCUCCAGGAUGAGACAAAGACAAAAAUGGCCAUCCUUGGCCGUGGAUCUAUGCGGGAUAAAGCUAAGGAAGAGGAAUGUCGGAAAGAAGGUGGAAAGUACGCCCAUUUGGCAGAGGAUCUCCACGUAUUUGUUGAAGCCAGCGCCCCUGCUUCAGAGGCUCAUUCCAGAAUAGCACACGCUCUCUCUGAGCUCAAAGCAUAUCUCAUACCCGAUCCAAACAAUGAUGAGAUCAGACAACAGCAAAUGCAAGAAAUGGCGUAUUUGAACGGUGAAGAAGUCGGUCCCCAGCACGCUCCUCCGGGACCUCCUCGGGGUCGUGGUAGAGGUCGACCUGGACCGCCACAGGGCGCAGCACCCCCACAAGGCAGGAUAGGACGUGGAGGUGGAUUAUUAGCAACGCCACAAGGACGGGGUGCACCACCACUUAGAGGUGCUGGCGGACGAGGUGCACCAGUUGGACGUGGAGCUCCAGCCCGACCAGGUUCAAGACCACCACCAGCAAGGACACCUGCCUACGAAGAAGCUUAUUACGAGGAGUAUACAGAGCCAGCCUAUGAAGAGUAUGACCAGGGAUAUCAACAAACUGGUGAGCAGUAUUAUGAAGCAGGCUACGGCCAAGCAGCCACAAGAGAAACAUAUGAAGAAUCAUAUGAUUAUCGCAGCGAGCCAGUAGCACAGCCAAGACGGCCUGCCCUACAUGAGCGAGGUAGGCCAUAUGACGCCCCUGAGAAAUCCAUGCCCGCUCGCAACGGGGACUCAUGGGGUGCCCCUCCGGCAAGCCGUAACCCAAUGAAGAUGGCGCCAUCAAGAGCACCCAAACCAGACUACAGGCCACAUCCAUAUGGACAACGUGCUGGUGGGUACUAAAGACAUUGACUUGUGGACUAGGACUCCCAAAUUUUUAGGAGAGGCCUCUAUCUUCUAAUGUUACGCAAAAUUGGACUGAUUUGAAAGAUAAAAAGAAAUGGGCACAUUCCAAAUAAACUCUGUUUAUCGUCACAAAUCGAGUUGACAGAUUGUGAAUGAGGUGGGAAUUUGAGAGAUAUGUGAGUGCACAAAUUUGGAAGAACACUGGAACCAAAAAAAUAUUUGUAAUUUGGAAGUUUACUAAGGUAGUUCUUUGUGAAAUUCUGAUAAAACAUCAUGUAAUAAAAGAAUAUCCUGUGGAAAGGUCAGAUUUACAAUUCAGAUUGAAGACAAUCUUUGAUAAUGGACACAAAAAAAGACUUGUGUUGGCUCCAAUAUUUCUCUGGAACAUGAGGUUAUUCCUGUCCUGAUGCAAGUCAGAACUGGGAAGAUUUUAUUUGACUAUCCCUUAAGUUUUAGUGUCAGUUGGAAUGGUGCAUCACAUUUGCGCACAAUUGACACGAUAUUGUCAGAUUCAUUCUACCUGGACUUUUGAAAUGGUUGUACAAAGGUUGUCGUACAUGUAAAGGAAUUCAGAUGCAAAGGUCACUUAAUCCACUUCAGGUCCUUUGGUUUUUGCAUUAAACAGGACUUCUAGUUUCUUGAAUUUCAAGAAGAUUUUGUGGGUUUUAGCGGCGUUUGUGCCUGAACUUUUCAUGUGCAACAACGGUAUCCCUUGUAGGUACAGGCGAUGCAGAUGUGUCUGUUUUAUGCAACUUAAAGUAAUAAAUAGGACUAAAAAGUGUUCAUAUCGAGCCAAAUAACUGCCCUAAUGUUGACGAGAUGUAUUAGAAUAUGUUUGUAAUGGUAUUAUAGUGAUGUGGAGACAAGUCAGCAUUCGUUAGGUCAGGGCAUGUUGGCUUCUGGUGCACUAUGUUGUGAUAGAGAGCAUCUGUCACAACCGAAUUCUCUUGCCAGAGUGAGCAUAUGUGUAAAGAUGGCAAUGACUACCAAAUUCUGGUAGAUUUCCUGUAGAAUUGAUAAUGUAGCAAGGAGAUUGCUAUUUAUUCACUCGUACGUUUGAAGGUGAAAUGGAAUCCCAAACCCUCUCUGCCCCCUAUUCAUGCUUCCCGAAAUUGGUGGCUUGCAUUGGAACUAACUUUUUCCCCCUUGUCCGUCAUAAAAGGCAUUCAAGUGUGUUGGUCAACCAUGACUAUCUCCUUUGUCCCUCCACCAUAAGGCCCAGUUCCCCCUAUGACAUCACUAUUUCGGACACUCAGCGCCCCAUUUCUGGAAAGGUGUAUAGAGAGGGUCAGGCCCAACAUGGGUCAGAGGCUUCAGCAGAAUGCAAGUAUUGUUAAAAGUCUCCGUUUGUGAAUUCCAGCAUAUCUAUAAGAACAUACUGAGAUUCAUUUCUUAUCUGAGUAAGAGUUUGAUUCAAUCAAGUUAUACGUGAGAAUUUCAGCAGAAGUCGAAUUUAGUUCAUUUGCUUAUUUUUGUUUUUCAAAGAUGACUGAAAUACUUGAUAAAUCUUGAUAACAGCGCACAGAUGAUAAUGUUAGCUGGAACACAAUCAUGCAUCAGUUGAAUGUGUCAGUUUCGGGCCACAAAGCCUUGACAGAAUCUUCUGUCGCCACAGAAUUUGUUGGAUGAAAGGAACUGUUACAUCUGGCAGCAGUUAAUUACUGCCAGUUACUGGUGCAAUCAAUUGAUGUGUCCGGGUAAAGAAGUGUUUAACCCUUUUCAUGUGGGAGUCCUCUACCCCAAUGCUUAUUAGACUCUUGUAAUAUCCAAGAUAUUACUUCUUUUGGGAAUCAAACUUAUUAGGGCAAUCGUCUUACUUUAUGUGUGGUCUUCUUAGUUGAUCAGAUGAUAAUGGGGUGGUAUGUACAUGUUAUACUUCUCCACGUUCUCAGUGUCAGCCGUCAGUUGUAAGCCUGUGUUUCUGUAAGUGUAAAAAAGUAAGUCGUUUUAUUAAAUAAAGAAAUCAUCAAUGUUUUAA